UGGGACGGAAGGCGGGGAGGUCGGAGCGGAGGCUGGCCCUGGCGGGGUUGGGGGGGGAAGUGACACGCAGGCGGUUCUGUGGGGCCGCGGGGCUGAUUCUGGGCGGGGACGGGACAACUUGGCCAGAUCUGCUCCGUCCCCUGCUGUCCUCUUUGCCUGGGGUCCACCUGCAUUCCGCUCGGGGGUCUCGCAGCUGCUGGGCCGGAUAACAGUUUCUUGUCUGUACCGUGCGCUCCGGUUUACGAAAUGGCUCCAUGUCCUCUGUCUCGGAAGAGCCUCACAGCCCUCGGUGAGGCGGGUGGGAGCCCUUUCUGAUUAUCCUUGUUUUGUAGACUCGGAGACUGAGGCUGGCCAAGGCUCCGCAGUUAGCGAGUGUGAGCGCUCGAACCUGGUCUACAGGCCCCUAGUCCAGGGCUUACCCCCAAGUCAGCGCUCGGUUGUCUUCCGAUGGCCCGGGUCGAAUCCUGUAUUUUCUCCUUCCCCCUUCCCCUUUUCCCCUGUCUGGUCUCUGCAUGGAAAAAUUUCCUUAUGUGCAUUUGACAUGGAUUAGCGUUUUCUUCACGAUUCUAGCCAGUGGGUCAGGAGCAUCUUUAUCUUGUUGAUUCCAUCGGCUUCGGUUGCGACAGGGGGCUUAGGGAGAUUUGCCAUGGGGCUGACCUUUGACAUUUACCCCGCAGCUAAGCAGAGUUAGCUAAAAGCCAGCCGCCUACUACCCCAAAUCUGCCUGGAAUGGCGUCUUAAAGUUGUCCUGAUUAUGUAUAACAAGUAAUGCAUAAAUUUUUAAAUUGGCUAAUGGUCAGAUUGGUGCCCUCCUUUUCUAUUAACAUUUGUUUGAAUCAUUUAGCCCUGGAAUUCGCAAGUUUUCAUUUUAGGUACAUUAAUAGUGUUUUGUUGAUAGUUUAGAGACCUACCUUAAAUUUUAGAUUACUCUUCUCGUAAGGUGGUACAAUGGACCAAGAAUAGAAAAUAAAUAGAAUGCUAGUUAUUAAAAUACCAUUCAAAAGAUGUGAUGAGUUGUAAGGAAGAGAACUUCGGAAGAUCAUCCUCUGUGUAGUUGGUGGGUUAAAGAAGUUUUAGGUUUUUUUUUUUUUCCAGUAAUUUUGUGGUUUGGGUUUGAAUUUUAUGUACUGUUAACAGGAAGAGCUUAGGCUUUGGUGUUAGAGAUGAGGGUUUAAGCCCUGGCACUAUUACUUUUUCAACUGAGCCGUCUUAAACGACUCGGCAAAACUAGGAGUAUCCUCAUCUUUAUCUUGUUAAAUGAGGCCAGUGAUCCUUGCCUGGUAGGGUUGGUGUGGGGAUGAAAUGAGAUGUACAAGUACUGUGCAGAUGGUAAAACUACUGAUGAGUUGGUACAAAUCCUAAGAUCUUAAGGAGAGAGGAGCCACCAAGGCCAUUUUCAGCUGCUGAGGAGGCUGAGGUGGGAGGAUCUCUUGAGCCUGGGAGGUUGAGGCUGCAGUGAGCCAUGAUGGCAACACUGCACUUCAGCCUUGGAGACAGAGUCUUGGUCUGUCUUAAGAAAAGGGGGGUGGGGGCAUUUUCUUAACUUUGGGUAGCAGUGCAACCCGACUCUUUGGAUCUAGUAAGGGUUUUUAUUAUUUUUAGCUCACCUGAAGAGUUUCUUCAUUCAGCCUCCACUCUGAUCACUCCUUUACAACCCAACACUUCUAUAUACAUUUGUACUACACUGGUUUUCAGUCAAUACUUUACAGACUUGUAAAAAAUGUUUACAUCACUUUAGAAAUUUUUCUUUCUUUCUUUUUUUUGAGAUGGAGUUUUUGCUCUUGUUGUCCAGACUGGAGUGCAAUGUCAUGACCUCGGCUCACUGCAACCUCUGCCUCCUGGGUUCAAGUGAUUCUCCUGCCUCAACCUCCCGAGUAGCUGGGAUAACAGGCGUCCACCAUGCCUAGCUAAUUUUUGUAUUUUAAGUAGAGAUGGGGUUUCACCAUGUUGGCCAGGCUGAUCUCGAACUCCUGACCUCAGGUCAUCCACUUGCCUCGGCCUCCCAAAGUGCUGGGAUUACAGGCAUGAGCCAAGUAUUUUCAACUAGAUGAAUUCUGCAAAGGUGAAAAGGAGAAAAUGCCACACUUUAAAUAGUUUUUCAUGGCAAUUGAACUACUUUAAUUUUCCAUUUUAUUUUCCUUUGACACUCCUGCUUUUAAGCCGUCUCCUCCCUUGGAGCAUACAAAUCAGCAGCAGCCGGGAUUUAGCUACUUGGAUGCUUUAAUUCUUCCCUCCAAAAUGAUCUGAGUGGGAAUGACCUUAAUGAGGGGUGUGCUCUAAAGUGCAUCUAAGUGGCAUUCUGAUUCACAUUAUUGAUGAGACUGAUUUCCUAGAGUUGUUCUUCACUGGAUGACAGCAGUCGUAUGUCUAGGGAAUGUGAAUGAACCGCUGCCUGGAGGAGGCUGCUUCCAACCUUCAAUUUGUAAAAAAACCAGAAAACCUCAGGAUCCACAAAGUAUCAUCAAAUGAGGUAGUAAGCAUUAAUAAUGUCUUUCAUCUUUGAGUGGAUCUACAAUGGCUUCAGCAGUGUGCUCCAGUUCCUAGGACUGUACAAGAAAUCUGGAAAACUUGUAUUCUUAGGUUUGGAUAAUGCAGGCAAAACCACUCUUCUUCACAUGCUCAAAGAUGACAGAUUGGGCCAACAUGUUCCAACACUACAUCCGACAUCAGAAGAGCUAACAAUUGCUGGAAUGACCUUUACAACUUUUGAUCUUGGUGGGCACGAGCAAGCACGUCGGGUUUGGAAAAAUUAUCUCCCAGCAAUUAAUGGGAUUGUCUUUCUGGUGGACUGUGCAGAUCAUUCUCGCCUCGUGGAAUCCAAAGUUGAGCUUAAUGCUUUAAUGACUGAUGAAACAAUAUCCAAUGUGCCAAUCCUUAUCUUGGGUAACAAAAUUGACAGAACAGAUGCAAUCAGUGAAGAAAAACUCCGUGAGAUAUUUGGGCUUUAUGGACAGACCACAGGAAAGGGGAAUGUGACCCUGAAGGAGCUGAAUGCUCGCCCCAUGGAAGUGUUCAUGUGCAGUGUGCUCAAGAGGCAAGGUUACGGCGAGGGUUUCCGCUGGCUCUCCCAGUAUAUUGACUGAUGUUUGGACGGUGAAAAUAAAAGAGUUUUACUUCUCUGGACUGAUCCUAUUCACAGCUUCCUCAUGAACUUUUCUAAUAGAACAAGGAAAGCUCUCCAACCAUGUCUGGCGUUGAGAAGCCAAGAGUCUCUGUCAACUCUCUCAUUGCCCAGUGGUGACAUGUGCUCUUCUCCACACUGUUGGGAGGUAAUGCUGCCCCACGUGCUGGUGCAGGUCAGUAUCCUGGGACUUGGAAGCUGGCAGGAUUUGCCGGGUAAAGCUGUGUGCCAUCAUGGGGCACCUGAAAAGAAAAACACGUCUCACCACUGUGGUUGAUUCAAAAGAAAGUGAUUCUAUUUUUUAAAGAAAGUGUUGUUAAUGUAAUUGGUAUCCCUCCUAACUUUUUGAGUUCACAAUUUACUUGGUCCAGAGUUUUCUAUUCUUUUUUUUUUUUUUUAAACUAAUGAAUGACAUUUAGAUACUUCAUAAAAUUAUGAACAGAUAUGGAGGCCAGAGCUCAUUUGGUUGAACUUACUUCUGCUGAGUUAGCAGGUUGGUGAGAGAAGCUCCCCUGAGCUCACCUGUCUCUCUGACUGCCUUGGAGUAGGUGGCAUAACCUUGUGCACAGAGAACUAGAAAAGGGGCAGAACCCCGGCCUUGCAGUUGUGGCAGGUUUCCACUGUGGUAAGCUAGGGUCAUUCCUCAUCAAGGAAUGUGUAGCAGAUUGUUCACUGUGGAGGAGUUAAUUAUAGAAUGGGUUAUUGUUGUUAUUCUUACUCAUGAAGUUACAGAUUUUAGCCAGUCUUUGCUUUUAUACUUUUGUGAAAUUUAAUUUCUCUCUAUAGCACCUUCCUUUUUCGUUUUCAGUUAUCAAAAGUGACUUUGACCUCAUAAAAGAGUUGAGAACAUCUCUCAUGUCACAUACUGCAGGUGCAUCAGUUACUUUUGCACAGAUUCUACGGGGACGUUUUUCUGAAUAGGAAGACAGGACAAAGUUAACAGCUUAAGGGCUCUUAAUUCUGUGAGUUGAGGACUUAAAAGUAUUGUAGCAUUUGUUUGGAUCCAUGAAAAAUGUAUUCAGUGGGCUUUAAAAUUUCCAUUUGCAGAAUUUGGUCUCUCAGGCUGUUUGUGAGCUCUUUUUCUUACAUUUUUUCUCCUUUGACACCUAUUUUAUUGGUGUUUAAAGGUUAACAUCUGUAGCUUUUCCAGGUUUUUUUGUUUUUUUUUUUUUGUUUUUUUUUUUGGUAUGAAAUUGUCUUUCUCCAUUGCAGAAAUAAGCUGGGGAAACACUAACCCAAAAACUUUCUGUAGAGCUGUUCCUUUGGAGGCAGCAUCACUUAUUGGCAGUAAAGACUCAGUAUAAAAGCACCAGCAUCCCUACUUGGGUGAUGGGGAUUAAUUUUAUAGCAUUCCAUUUUCCUAGUGCCACAUGUGAAAUUGGAUUUUGAUGAUCUUAAUCUAUAUUCUACCCUUAUAAUAAAAGAUCAAAAGAUAUAUCUCCUAUGAACAGAUUGGAGAUAGGAGAUGAAAAGUUGGGAGGAUGUCUUUAUUCUAAUGUGAGGGUAGGGAAAAUGUGGAUAACAUUACUGGGGUGAGGGAGGCAUUGUUCUUUAGUUGGAGUUCUCAUUCUUAUUCUCCAGUACUGACUUGUGGGGAAAGCAUACUUUUUCACUGCCAGGUACUGAAUGCAGAGGCUCAGUGAAGUAUAUAUGUGGGAAGUGCAUGCAUUUCGUUUAUUAGCAAACAUAGCUGGAUUAAGACAAAGUUGUUGGUUUGGAAAGAGGCUAAAGCCUUAAGUGAACAAAUCUAGCUAACAGUGAAUGAACUAGGUAAUAUAACUUGCAUAUUUUUAAUUUCCUUUGGUUAAAGGUCCCCCAUACUUCUCUAUUCGGAGACAUGAGAAGUAUGAUUACUUCAGUGUUAGUUUUCUUAAUUUUUUUUCCCCCUAUUUGUCCCUUGUCACUUUGUUGCAAGCUAGAAAUCUGUGGGUUAUACAUAGGGCAGCUCUUUGUGAAAGUGGUUUAUUCCACUGGAGAAAGGGGAUUGAAAAUCAGUUAGAACCAAUGUAUUUCUUGCCCCACGGAACACUAUUCCUAUAAGAUAGCUGAAAGAAGCUGCUGUGAGGAGCUCAGCUCCAAACACAGGAUCAGCACCUUGUAUAGGAAUUCCCAUGAAUUAUGACUUCUCAUUCUGUUUUAUCAGAGUGCAUAUAUGUCCUAUUUCAGGAAAAGUAAAACAGUCAUUUACGAAAGAAAGUCAAUCUGUAUCCUAAGCAUUUUAAUAAAAAGUUAAAACAAA